GCGACCGCUUGUACGACGCGAAUUUGGCGAUACGUAGGUCCGCAGGUGUCAUAAAUAUUAGCAUUGGCGACGAGUAUUGUAUUGUUACGAUGAUCGUGAGAAACAAGGGGAAUCGUUAGAAAUGCAAGCAUAUCGUUGAGUACUAAGGGGUGUCAACGAACCGCCUAAUAGAAAUAUGAAUCUUUCGUAAAGCAGCUGAAGGUGUUGACAUGUUGCCUUCAUAACGAUGGUAGUGUGGCGUUACGAUAUCUGUGGCUUGCUUUGCGUGUGCUCCACUUAUGGAUCAAUUAUUUACGCUGAUUAUGCCAUUGUCGAGUGGAUGGUCAUUCCGACGAUGUACACAAGUCUUUGGGGUGCAUUUAAUGUGGUGUGCUUCAACAUCAUCGUGUUCCUGACGCUGAUGGCACACACGAGGGCAGUAUUCUCAGACCCAGGAACAGUCCCUCUACCUCAGACGAACCUAGAUUUUUCGGAUGCGCUGAGGGCUAACAAGCCUAUAGAUGACAAGGGCGACUGGACUAUAUGCUCUCGCUGUGAAACAUACAGGCCGCCACGCGCGCAUCACUGCAGAAUAUGCCAACGAUGCAUUCGCAGGAUGGACCACCAUUGUCCCUGGAUCAACAACUGUGUUGGAGAACAGAACCAGAAGUAUUUUAUUCAGUUUCUCCUGUAUGUUGGGCUGGGGUGCUUGUACAUAAUUGUAUUAGUGGCUGUGUCAUGGAACCUGGAAUGUGCAAACUGUGUUCAUAGCCCUGCUUACAAGCAAAACCGAGUGAUUCAUUCCGUCUGCCUCCUGGUGGAAAGCAUUCUUUUUGGGAUCUUUGUGAUUGCAAUCAUUUGUGACCAGUUCCAGGCAAUUCUUUCCGAUGAAACGGCUGUCGAGCAAAUACAGAAGAAAGGACCUUUCCGGGCAAGAAAGCCAAAAAUGGCUCUUAUGAGCGAAGUUUGUGGUCGUGGGACCCCCUUCCUGUGGCUGUUCCCUUGCGAUUCUGCACCCACGAAUCUCGACGCCGUGUCAUAUGAUGUGUGAUGCCUUUCUCAGUGGAGUAUCCGGUGACGUGCAGUUAUUUAUGUGUGAACUGUGAAAUAGUGUCUCAUCUUCAACUGUCCCAUGUUCCCGACUGUUUUUUUUGUUGGAUUGUGUUGAUCGCAUAAGUACUAAGUGUAGCACAUGUGUUUGCUAUUGCAGUACUUUAUUGAACAUGGGUAGCCCGUCAGUUUACAAUAAUCGCUUUGAAAUAGUUUUACUGUUUUGACGGUCUGGUUCUCACCACUGGACUUUAAAACCUACAAACACGCGGCAGUUUUUGACACAUGUCAUAUUUUGUUAUUGUUAAGAACAAUGAGGAAUUUGCAGACACAUAUAAUUUUGAUGUAAUGUAAUGCGUAGGGCAGGUAACACGGGGACCAUUAGGAUUACAGAAUGGGUGCCAAGGGAAGGGAAGUGCAGUCAGGGAUGGCAGAAAACUAGGUGGGGUGGUGAAUUUAGGAAAUUCACAGGCGCAAUUUGGAAUCAGCUAGCACAAGACUGGGGUUUCAAGACAGGGUUGCUGGGAGAGGCCUUCGUCUUGCGGUAGACAUAACUAUAGGAAGAUUAUGAUGAUGAUGAUGAUGAUUUUGAUUGAAUGCUGCGUGUAUGAUAAUUUAAUGAGUGCUCUCGUAUGCAUUCCAUUCCUUCUCAUGAAAGGAGCAGAAAAUGCCGAGGUACAAUAAGUGGUUUGAUGCUCUGUUUAUCAACUUGCUCACUGUUUACGAAGCUUACAUAUGCAUGCUGAUUAACCGAAUUUCCUAAUGUGUCCUUCAUUUGUGGAUACCAAUUCAGCGUGGCAAUUUGGAAUAUUGUUUUUAGCUGCUCCUAUGGUAAACAGAAGAAAUGUUUAACACUGAUUGCUCUUCUUUGAUGCCAUUUCAGUGAAUUUCCUGCUAGAUUUAGUGGAAAUUUGGUUUCCCCACAAAUGUCAACAACUAAUAUAGAUUUUUGGUGUGUAGUAGGUUUACAGUAAAAGUCUUUCCAGUAAAUUUUAACUGAUUCAAAAAAAUGUCCGGUGUAUUCUAGCAGGUUUCGAACAUUGUUUUAGUGGAACCUUUGCUAGGAAAAAAUUUUAUAUGCUGAACUGGUAAUAGGAGUUUUGUGUUAAGUGCUUGUCCUGCAAAAUUUAGUAUGCUAUACAGUAUCAGCCAUUGCCAAGCAUUUACCUUUUCUUUUGGUAACUUUUAGGCAGCUCUACCUGUUCUCUGGAAACACAGCGUUUCACUCGACUCCUCUAUCAUCUCUAAUGUAGAUACUUUGCCAAAUGCAGCUUCUCCAAGACUUCUUUAAUGCCCUUUGACUUUGAGUGAGCACUGGUUUAUGGUGUAACAGCCUCAGCAGUCUCAACCACUCCCAGUAAUGUAAACCCAGUUUUAGGGCAUCUUUUCCUCAUAAAAGAGUUUAAUAACUCAGAAACUGAUGUUCAGCACAGAACCCUGAGACAAGGAUAGUAUAUAGAGAAGGCACACAAACACCAACGUAUAACAAAAAGUUUAUGCUGUUUUGUCUAUCUUUUUAUGUGCUUGUCUCAAGGCUUUUGUGCCAAACAUUGCCUUCGGUGCUGUACCAACUAGGCUGCAUGCAACUCAAACACUUGAGGUGCUCCUUCACAUUCUUGAUUAAUUGUACUGGUAACUCCACUUAAAAAUUCUGUUGUACAAUAAAUUGUUUAGCUGUGUUCCUGCUGAACAUAAGAAAUCUCAAAGUGGAGUCUUGUUUCGCAGUUCACUUUCAAUAAAUGCUCUUAAUAAGCAUCAUUACUCUUGCACACCUUGUAAAAAUGUCGUGUCUAUGCUCAGCAUGUGCCGAGUAUGAGCAUGGUGGUUUUUAAGUUAGAGCUCAUUGCACUUUUAUGGCAUUAGGCACAUUAUCAUUAAUAAUGACACCUAACGUGUCAACCUUCCGACCACGAUCGACGCUAGCUCUGCUCUGCCUCCUACACCCUCUUUAUUUUCUUGGUGUUCUUCAUUGCUAAUACAUAAACAUCUGGUCUGAUACACAGUUCACAAAGCCUUUUAUUGUUGUAGCCGAUACCAUGAAGAUGAAAUUUUGCACCUGUUGUAGAAGUAUGUUUCCAAGGCAUGGGCAUUACUUGUAAGGUGUGCACAUGUUGGUGAAUUCAAAUUUCUCACAUCAUAAGGUGAACAGGAGUCAUAAUGUGACAAGUACAGGUGGUUCAUAAUUACAGAAUUUAAACUAUUAACUUUACGAACAUAUGUCAGGCUUUCUUCAUUUUAGAGUGCAGCUCUUAAAAGCCUGUUCCUGUAUCAAGUGUUGGCGUCCUCGGCGUAACUAAGCGAACAAGCACAGUGAAAGAUGAAAAAGUGAAUGCAGAGAACAGCGGGGAAUGAAAGACAGCAAUAGCGAAAAGGAUGUGAGAAGGAAAAUGGAGGAGGAGGGUGUGGCAAAAGCGUGAGAAGAAAAGUAGUAGUGCUACGCAAAAUGUGUUCUGUGGUGACGAUCGCUACGGGAUGGUGCUGGAAUAGCUUCCAUCGUCUGUUCACUGAUGACGCCAUUGAUAAGGCAUGCGACGAGUGUGUCCAUCGAUUCCAUAUAUGGAAACAAAGCGUUGCAUGAGCAAAGGCCUGUCUGCAGUGGAUGCUGCGAAUUGUGCCCAUGCGUCACUCACGCACUGCCUUGCAUGAUCUCCCGAUUGGCGAGGCAGUCCCACCACACUUUGCUCCAUUGGCAACGUGCCACACAAGACAGAUUGUCCACGCCAGCCAAUAUAUCGUGAAAUGAAAACACGUAUAAGCUGCGCUUAAAUUUCACAUUACGAAGUAUUGUAACCGUCGGUGAAUUUUUUCACAAAGCUAUCGAUGCAUGUGCAAUUGUUGGCAGCAAAGAGAAAAUGUUGAUUUGGUUCCAUUGAUGCCAUCAGUUGUAGCUCUCCUGACCUGUAAUAUAUGGUCAGCACUUUUGCUUUGUUUUUAACGAACAUGAGUCCUACUGUCAAGUGAAAACAAGAGCUUGGACGCUUAAUCUUUACUAUAAGAAAAUUUUAAGGUGCAAAGCUAGUACAGACAGUCCAUAGUUGCUCUCCCAUAACAGAAAGUUUGCCGGCCAGCUGCCACAUAUGCUAGUUGAGUCUAGCGAGUUGUCUUUUAUGUGCUGGCGACGUCUGAUUUUUUGGGCACCGUAGGAGCCAUGAAAACAUCUGAAAAAUUAAUGCAUGCCUUUUACUGCCUGCAAGGGCUCAAAUUGCCACAAGCACAUGUUAAAUAGCUAUGAUGACCUGCAGAUACAACUGUUAGGUGUAUCGGUGCUCAUACUGUGACAGGAGACGGUGGGUGCACACAUGUGUACUUCAGGAAUAUAUAUGUCUCGAGUUAGUGGCCCCUUUCUACUCUUGGUAUACUUCACCGCAAUACAUUACAUAUGUUUCAUCAUGUAACACUGAAGUAGUGUGGGGAAGCUGACUUUUGGGAGAUAGCUUUAUGCAAAGCUUAACAAUUGCCGUAAUUUGUGCACUUUGAAGCUAGCGGAGAGUAUUUCAAAGGCAGGGUUGACACCAUUGUAGACAGCAGUCAGUGACUUCUUUCAAUGAAAAAGACGUCACCAAACAGCAGGAAGCUUGGUAGCGUAUAUCGAAGCAGCUAGUCCUAGCAUUGCUGUUGUGCUGACUACAGCUGCCAACGGAUCAGCAUAGGAGAGGCUGGUUUAAGGCUGCAAGAUAAUGAAAAUGCCAGCUUCUAUGCUAUGGAUGUAUAUAUACCUAUGUACCUUUACCACAUGACCGACUUCCCACACUUCACAUACACUUUUUUUUCACUUUGACACUUUAAAAUUUUCAUCACAUUGUGCACAUGGUGAAGUUGCAUUUACGUCAUAGUUAGGUUUCGAAAAAAAAUGGCCAUACAGGUAGGUGUGUGAUUGAUGCAUGAAAUUGCUCACAAAAUGAACAGAAAUGAGCAUUUCACAAUAUUUCUGGAACUAAAGUUUUGUACACUAUUGUGGCAGGGUGAGUUGUCGAAAUUGAGCCAUUUCCUAAUGUGCAAGCAUAUAUAAUGUUAGGAAUUCUUUCCUUAGCAGUAGAGUAAAUAAACAGAAACACAACAGCUAUGGUGUCUUGUGCAUUGAGCUUUAUUCUUGGGGAUUAAAUUUUUGUUUUAUGAGCAGAAAAGUUGGAAUGCUGUGUAACUGAUUAUUUUAAAGAUCACCUGCCUUUCUAAGAAAACAGUGCACACCUCGCCAAUUUGUUUGGAAAUGUGGUAGGCAAAUGGCAGAAUUUGGAAAAUUUGGAAAGUGUCUAUUUCUGAGUUUUUAAGUAUGCUUACUAUUUGGCAAAAUACCAUGCUGAUUUUAGCUGUAAGUAUUUCAAUCUUGGGAUGUUGUUAUGUUGACAUUUACUUAUGUUGUAAUUUAUUUGUGCAUGGCUUGGCCAGAGAAAUUAUGACCGGUGGUUUUAUGCCACAUGCAUAAUCUAUUUCAUGAUUACUUGACUAUUUGUAGGAUAAGUUACUUGCCCAAUUAACUGAAUUGUAGUCCCUGGUACAUGGUUCUAGUCAAUUUACAUGACGACAGCAGUUUUCACAUAAUUUGAUUUCACAUAGGUUUCUAUUUGGCACUUUACAUAGCAUUCUUACCAUGAUACCUAACAUGCAUUUCGUGUGGGUGCAUCAGUACACUGUCGAGUCUGUGUGUAACUGAAAGCUGCACAUUUCCUCAGGCAUUUAAUAUGAAACUUUUUGGCAUCUUCAACUGGUUCCUUCAGGCUGCACUUGCAAAAUUACAAAUGUUUUGUGAAGUAGAAACCAAGCUUUAUUACUAAAUUAAGUUUGUUCUGAUAUGUGUAACAAAGCCUGAUAAUUAGCAGUAAUUGAAUCAAAUGCAAACAUUCAAAAAAAAGAAAGAAACCUUUAAAUAUUUGACCAAAUACCAAAUAUUUCCUUAUAUUUAAAUGAAGUGUAAAAGGUUGCAUGGAGUUGGUUUAGUUGAAAAUGAAAAAGAAGAGGCAGGCUUAUACUUGAUACAUGUAAUGCAGUUUACAAAUGGACUUCUAAAUGACCGAGGAACUUGUAAAUGAGAAUCAACUGAAAGAUGAUUGCACCUUGCUCACCAUGAUAAUGACUACUGAAACGCAGGAACUAAGUACAUUAGCAGAUGGUGAUGGUACAAGGUGUAAUAGAGCAUUGCACAUCAUCUUAAAAAACAUGAGAACAUUGUGAGACUGUUCAAGUAUAAUAAAUUGCUUUACCUAAAUCAUGAAUAUUAAAUCCUUGGCUGCCUAUGGGAUAUUGAUGGCCAUCGGCAUAGUGCAAAUAAUAUGGGACGAUGAGGCACUGAAAAAACACGCAGUGCUAACUUUCACGAGUAGAUUUAAUUCUGAGAUGAGCAGUACAUAUAUGCUCCUCUAGGCGCGUUGCUGGAUACGUCCUUAAAAAAAUGUCAGCUAACCUAAAAAGCGCAUAACACGCAUGACAACAGCAAGCUUGUGGUAUGCAUUUAUGACAUGGACAAAAAUUCCGAUUCUUUUGUUGAAAGAGCGAUAGAAGGUUUGCUGGCGCUUGCAUCACCAUACAUGGCUAUGUAUUGUGCUUCAAUGAUUAACCUAGUCAUUUCAUUUGCGCUCUUAGUCGCACACUUUGCAAACUCAUGGUUGAAAUGUUCAGAAGUGCUGUCAAUAAAUAUUAAAAAAUUGUCCACGUAGCAAAAUAUUUUACACACUUGACAAAUCUUUCAACCUUCCCUCAAGGGCUCUGUCUAACAUAGCUAAAAAAAAGCCGUCUGCCAUUGUUCGAUCUGUCAUACAUGAGUGUCCAAAUCCGCUUGUAACUAUGUUUGAAAUGCCAUGUGAUGGUGUCGUCCUGUGUUUAGACUUACAACUAGACUUACAAGUUUUAACUGAUGAUCACAUGUGCUGGUCUUAUCAUCCUCAGACUAACAAUCCACUCCUCCCAUUUAAUUCAGCACAUUCUAAACUUGUCAAGAGGGGAAUAGUAAAAUUGCACCUUAGUAAUACAUUGAAAAAAGAAUCAUGUGAUCAUCUGGUACACUUAACGUUCUGGCAACAGGUGAAGUGUCUAUGACUCCCGAUACUCAUAUCAUAUCAUGAUCUCAGUAGCAGAACUACUUAAGCAGGUUCGAGCAAAAGAUGAUGCACAAGUGCGCUCUAUUUCUGACAAGAAAAGGGUAGCCGUCAGCCUUCAUAUUCACCAUGUGUCACACAACCUGAAGAAAAUUUCACAAUGUGGCAAUAUUAGGGCUGCUUUUUAUGCACCAAACAGGUUUAGCAGUCGUUGCUGGUAAACUAGGCCAGAGCAUACUAAUGAAACAAACUGUGAGAAAAAACACGGAGAAACAUACUAACCCAAUGGUUUCCUUGAAAUUCACUGCAAUAAGUGCACCUGCUGACCCCUCUUUAGCGAAACUGUUAUUCUGGGCAAGAGCACAAAUGGAAUGACUAGGGUAAUCAUUGAAGCACACGGUAAUCAUUGAAGGACAAUACAUAGCCAUGUAUGGUGACACCUGCGUCAGCAAACCUUUCAUUGCUUUAUCAAAAAGAAAAGAAUUAAAAUUUUUGUGCAUGUCAUAAAUGCAUACCACGAGCCUGCUGUUAUUGCGCGUUUUGUGUUUUUUACGUUUGCUGACAUUUUUGGAGCACAUGUCCAGUAAAGUGCCUAGGGGAGGAUAUAUGUGCUGCUCAUCGCUGAAUUAAGUCUAUUGUUGAAAGUUAGCAGUGUGUGGGUGUUUUUUCUGUGCCUCUUCAUCUCAUCUUAUUUGCGCUAUGCCUCAAAGUCCUCAUAUGCUGGAGGUGCACAAGUAUUUUUGACACUAACGUAUAAAUGGGACACAAUUACACAUGGUCCUGUGCAGUAAAUAUUCAUCAGACAUGCCUGUGUUUUCGAAGAAGCAUUGGAGUGCUCUCACUGUUUUGUGACACACUGUGUUUGAUGGCUAUAAACUAUGGUAUUGCCUCAAAUUCAUUUAUUCCCUUCCUUCUUGUAACUUACUUGCAUCCAGAAUCUGCAGGGAAGGUGAACAUAGGGUGAACACGGGGGAGCUAACCUUUCUUUAUACUUUGAAAGAGUUGUGCGUGCCACAGGGAACCGGUGAUAAGCUUGAGCUAGGCUUCUUUUAUUUUUCUGGUUUGCGUUUUGCACCAGUGAGUUCUCCAGUUGGGGAAUUUCGUACAUCAUUUUUAUAUUUUGUUGACUGCAGUAUAACAGCAGCCUGUAAAACUAGGCUGAUAAUAUUUCACUUCAUUUAUUUUUCUGUAAGGAUAAGAGGGGCACGCAAGUGUGUGGCACACCGUAAUUUCAGGAACAAAGAGCAGGAAGAGGAAAUGAGACAGCUGAUAUAUUUUUAUUUAUUCAAACUACUUUGCGGGCCUUUAUUUUAGGCAUUGGGUUAGGAGGGGCUGGUACAAUGAUAUGGUAGUGCAAGAAAGGAGAACUUAUCUAAAUAAAUUAUGAAAGCAUAUCAACAAUACAGACAUAAAGCAAAAAUAGGCAACUUUCUAGCUAUAGCGUUGCACUUGUUAAAUGAAAGUGUGUUUGAGGGUACAAGGUAUACAUUAAGAUACAUGCUAAAAAAGAAAGCAAUGUGCGAACCUUUAAGUGUAUAUAAGAGAACUAAGUGAAUAGAAAACAUUUCAAGAAAAUUGAAGGUAGGAUGCUCCAAGCCAUUUUAUGUAGAACAAUCCAAAUAAACAGUGGAAACACAUACACAAAAGAAAAGCAAGAAAAGCUAAUAUGUCACAUAUAUGUCAUCCCAUGAUGUGCAAAGUAAGUAGAUUUUGGUGUAAUUUUUAAACUUCAAUGAACACAGCAUGGAGUGUAGUACAUAGUAGAGUGUUGCAAUGAAGUGCUAAUUUCACACAUGUGAUAGAAAAAAAGCGGAAGGUAAUACAGAAAAGAACAAUGCAGGACAAUGUAACUACAAAGGAAAAAAAACAAGGAAUGAUCAGAGCAAUCUUUAAACACAAGAUAAUGGAGCAAAAAUAAAACAGCACUGGUAUGCAUACAUACAAUAAUAGACAAAUUUUAGAGCAAGAGGAUGUAAGAGUUUAGUUUAUCACAAAAGAUUGUGCAAUGUAAAGACUUGGCUAUAUUAUCGAGUAAUCUAUUUCAAUGUGUUAUUGUGUGGGGAAAGAGUUAAUCACUGAAAAGGACACCGGUGAUGAUCCUUUAUGUUGAUUUUAGUAACCCUAUUAAAAUGUUCUCCAGAAAAGAAUUCCACCUGUGUUAAUAUUCCACAAAACAUUUUAUAUUCAUGUUCUUGUUUGUGAAUGUACGAGUGCAGUGGAAUUAGUAGUGUGCGUUUUAUCUGUGCCACUGUUGUUCUGAGUGCUAGAACCAAAAAGUAUGUACAAAUCUUUCAAAUCUAUCUUAACCUUGUAUUUUCUUGCAAAUUGCCAUUGAGUUUGUUGUAGUGUUGUGUAGUGUAAAUUGGUGUGCAGCCUGUUGAACAUUUCUUUGCCAGGGAGCAAUAUGGGGUAUGGUCUUGUGGGACAGCUGUAAUUUUGUACAGCUCUUCUGUAAUCUCAUUUGAAAUGUGCCCUUUGAUGUUUUGUUAAUUUCUUUCGAAGAUUGUCAUUAAGGAGCCUCAAUACCAUAUCCUUCCAAGAUGCAAUGACAUCUUGGUGCCCAGCAGAGGAUGUUGCAGAUGUGGAAAGCCAGAAUUUCUGCAGAUAUCUGCUUACCUAGCUUAACCAUUAGUCUUUCUUACUUGAGUUUAUAUACUCAACAGCAUGAUGUCAUUCAUAUUCAGUUACGCAACAUGAUUUAACCACUUCCGUGACCUAGCAUAGUUGCAAAAGAGAGCAAACUCAGAUGAAGGCUGUCGUCUUGCGUGACAGCAGUAAUAUCAAAAAGGCAUCCUAGAUGUCAUGCGGCUCAGGUGAAUACAGAAAAAAACUUUUAUUGGAAGAAAAUAAAGUGACUGAUUUUGAGCAUACUCAUAGCUGCUGCUUUUAUGUGCUGUUAAUUCUUGAAAAUUAUUUUAACACUGUAAUAACAUCAGUGACGUCAUGCGCUUUAUGUAGCUUCCAAGAAAGUGGAUGGGAAAAUGGCAUCGCGGUAGCUCAAUUGGUGAGACCAUUGCAUUUGCAAUGCAAAAACUUCGGAUGUGAUUCCACCUGUGGUAAGCUGUGUUUUCAUCCACUUUCAUUUUCCUUUAAUUUCUAAUUUUUACAUUUCAAUUAAAAAAGAUGUAAUUUACUCUUGGGUAAAUUACAUCUUGUUGGGUUGUAUGAAUGUGGCUUGAAGGCAUGUGCACAUUAGGUGUAAUUUGAGUCUGUUGAAAUAGUCUUUCUUUAUCUUACUUCUGCUGUAUUUGUUCUUUGUUGGCAAAUUCUUCUGGGUUCUUAAAUUCGGCCGCAUUAGAAACGUCCUAAAGCAGCAGAGAGGCAGUGGAUUGAUAGAAUAUUACAGCUGCAGCCUCUUCCGUGUGCAAAGUCAUUGUAUAUGCUCUGUCUGCUUUGUCAAAGGGAGGAGCUUUUAUCAUGUUGCUUGCUUUGAUGUUGUCAAAACUCGGGAAAAAGCUGCAAUUCAUCAUCGCCAGAACUGCAGUGGCACUAGGCGCAGAUUUCAUUUUUUGCAUGUCGGAUGCACAUUUCACACCUAGCUGCAACUCCCUUGUGGCCGGCCAGAACAUGAGGCAGACUUGUUCCUGAUGAAAUUUCUUUAUUUUCAAUGAAUUUGCGAACAUGUUAUUAUGCAGGCAUACAGUGUUGGGAAAAAUACUAAUGCUUGAGUGGCUGUCACCGGCAUUGCUUGAGUAUUAGCACUGAAGUAUGUCUGAAUAAUAAAAUUGCAUAUGAGUGAGUUUCAGGUAUUUUGAUUUACCUAUUAAGCUGCUCUGAUCUCACUUGCUUUUAUGUGUAAGGUGGGCAGUAGGCAACAAACAUUCUAGCUCUUUGUGUUAUUUGUUCGUGUAAUUGCAUUUUUCUGUAUUUUGUACUCGCAGCUUUCUUAUGCCAUGUGUUUCGGGAAGGUUUUAAUUAUGAAACACACUGCUGCAGAGAUGAAAAUACUUUUAGGCUUUUUUUUAUAACUAAUUCACAGUAGCAUACAUGAAUUGUGCAAUAGCUAUUUAUGAAUUGAAUGACUAAAGCUGACCAUUUUCUCAACUAACUUUAUGGGGCAUGUUGAAACUGCAACAUUGAAGCCCGUCAAUGCAUAGUACAAAGCCAUAUCACAUUUGUUAAAAAUCUUGCACUUAGCGGCAACUUUGAGCAGUUCUUCAAAAAAAAGAAAGAAUGAACUCAUGAGGUCUGGCAAAAUGCAUUGCUAUGCAGUGCAGGAAUUUAUAAAAAGUCAGUGGCUGAGCUUUAGUGAAUUUGUUCAUAAAUAGUGUCUCGGUUCCUGACAUCCGCCACCACUACUGAUGUGUUGCCAAAAAUAUUGUCACUUAAACCUCUGCUCUGUUUGUUUAAUGUUCACCUGAACUCUUUCCCGAGACAUCAGAUGUUCCUGUCACAAGUAUGUUGUGGAUGUUGUUGCGGUACAAGAUCAAGCAUGCCUAAUGCAUGCUUGAUUUUGUAGUGCACUCGUGAUCCUGCACUGUGUCACCCGAUUGUUGGUAAUAAAGUUUUCUUUUUUUUGUA